AUGGACCACCUCCGCCGCCUCAUCCCACCGCGCUUCAUCCCCCCCACCACCAGCGCCCCGCCGCGCAGCUACCCCCCCAUCCUCCUCACGACAUCCGCCGCCGUCCUCGCGGCCCCGCUGAUCAUCUACCUCUCCAUCCUCGACUACCGCGAAUUCCUCGCCCUCGGCCCCGGCGGCGUCCCGUACAACCUCCUCGGCUGGGCCGGCAUCACGCUGCUGAUCCGCCCGUUCGCGCUCAGCAAGGCGCAGGCGACGCGGACGGACGACUAUCCGCAAGAUGAUGGCGCGGUGAAUGCGGAAAUGCUGGGGCUGCCGCGGAGGCGGGGCGAGCGGGCCAGGGUGGGCGGGAUCGCGCCGCACAGGCAGUUGGACCAGUUUGCUGGGGAGGGAAUGGGGGAGUUUAUUCGGAAUCUGUUUGCCAACGCGGCGGUGCAGAACCCGCGCUUGCUCGAGACGAAGACGUCCCUGUACGAAAGGCACAACGACGCGUUGUUCGUACGCGCGGAGCUGCUGCGUGGGGAUGCGGCGGGGCGGGAGCUGCUCCCGCGCGCGGCGCUGAUGUCCGGCGGCGAGAUCGGACACGUGCACGGGGAUCUGUCGGUGCAUUUGUACCUCGCGCCGGCGGAUGCCCGGGUGUUGAUCGAGAAGGGCUGGGCGGAGCGGCACCGCAUGGCUGUGCCCAUGGGGUCGCUAGUGAAGAGGGUUAUCCCGAUUUUUGGCAGGAUUGCCGAUACGUUUUUGAUGUUUUAUGGGCCAAGGGAUGAGGAGGAGAUGGAGGUGUUGCAGACGGUUCUGACGAAUAGCAUUCGCUUCAUGACAGGGAGGGACGACUUCGCGGUGCCCGAGUGGAGGGUGAGGCGACGUGUUUCGGACGAGGGUGAUGGCUCGAGGAUGGUGGCUCGAGGAAGAUGGCUCGAGGAUGAUGACCAAGCUAGGCACCCGGGCCUGAAAAGGCUGCCGGUGCGCAAAUCGACGCUUCUGACGGCCCUGUUGCAUGGCGGCGCCGUGCCUCUGGACCGCCUCUGGACGCUGAGUCAAGGCUGCUCUAAAGCCUGGGCGGGUGGGAUUCUCGCCGCUGAAAACGCGCCGAGGGCUAUCAUUAUACUCCUUUGUGGACUAUUUAUUGCUGACUGUCCUACCGGUGCCAUGACUAGACCGCCAUCCCCUCCCUCGCCGGAGAUGCAGCAUCUUGCUGACAAUGCGCCUGUGCUCGUACAAUGGAAGUCCACCUGCAGCAGCAUCGCCUACCUAGGCUGCGAGCUCCCCACAUCAUCCAGCCAAGUCGCGGCAAACAUCAAAUAUGACGCGUCGGAGCGGACCUGCUCAUUCCGCCUCCGCGUGCCAGUCGGCCUUAAAGAGCCGGCGGGGAAGAAGGCACACCUGUACCUAUUUCUAUGUCCCGACCAGAUCCACUCGAUAGACAACCCAGCCGACAACGCCCCUCAGCCCGGCACCAAUAUCCUAGUUGCGAAGACCAAGGCGUGCACCUCGCCCGAUGAUGUGGUUGCACUUAGAAUUCAACUCAAGCAACCCAUGACGGCCGUUGGCCCUGUUGGACUUAAGCAGCUCGCACCGAACAAGGCAGCGUCCGGCCGCAUUCUAGAAGCCGUGCAUUCGCUCCUGUCUGCCACUGAUUUGACUAUCCACCUGCCCAAGAACAACAACUCGUAUCAAUUUGAACAACUUUGUCAACAAGCCAGCGAUGGCGCCCUACGCCCCCGUGCCCAUGACUAUGCCCUUGACAUGCUCUACGGUGGCUCGGGCGGCGAAGACGUCGGCCAUCUCCUGGCUCAAUUCGACAAAGAAGUCCCUCCCCCGUACGAUGCGCCAGCCUCGGCAUCAACAGCAACAGCCUGCCCCACUGCCGACCCGCUGGACCCCAAGCCUCCGCGUUCUUUAAAACGCCCAGCAUCCCCAACCACAACCACCCACACCUCAUCCGCAUCCGCCCCCGCCCCCAAAUCCGCCCGAACCAAGUCCCCAACCCCUCCACCAGCUCCACUUCCUCAUCAAGCCCCCGACAACAACGCUUCUCCUUCGACGACGACGACGACGACAACGGCGCUAGACGUCGACGCCCGCAUCACCACCGCCCUACAGCCCUGGCACUUGCGCCUCUCCUCCCUCGAGCACGACCUCUGCGCUCUCCGCAGCGAAAUCGCCCUCAGCGGCGCCGUCAACGCCGUCGACGACGACGCGCCGCCCACCAGCCCCACCGAAGAUGACCGCCUGGACGCCUUCGACGCCGAGAUACGCGCGUUGCGGGACGACGUGAGGCGCGUCGAGAGGCUGUUGCUGCGGCAGGAGUCCUUGCGGCGGAGCGGCGAGGCGAGGGUGUUGAGACGGCUGGAAGAGAGGUUCGGCGACCGGAUGGACGAGUGGGAGGAGAAGACGAAGGGGGAGGUGGAGGGGGAGGUGGACGAGGCGUUGGACGGGAAGCUGGUGGAUUGGAAGGUGGAGAUGAGGGAUUGGAUCGGGGAGGAGCUGAGGGGGGUGGUGGAGGAGGGGCUGCAGGGGGUUGUGGAGGAGGUGUUGGAGAGGAGUAGGAUGAGGGUGGAGAUCGUUCAUGAGUGA